AUGGAGAAAGUAGAUCUGCUUGCUGUAAGUGAAGAACCUGAAAGUGCCCAAGUCCAUGGGACCCAACGAGAUCCAUCCACAGGUUUUGAGAGAACUCAAAUAUACCACACCAUAUUUAUUUCUGUUUUUCACUUAGAAUCACUUGUUGCUGUAGGAGAUGCAAGUAACUUGAAUGAAAACCUGGGACGGAGCAGCCCGACCAGUGAUUCAGGUGAAGAUGAAGCAGAGGGCAGAGCUUCACCUGAGCCAGAUCUCAUCCUCAGAGAUUACCAGAUGGAAGUUGCAAAACCAGCACUGAAUGGGGAGAAUAUAAUAAUAUGUCUCCCUACCGGCAGUGGUAAAACCAGAGUGGCUGUUUACAUUACCAAAGAUCACUUGGAUAAGAAGAAAAAAGCAUCAGAGCCAGGAAAAGUUAUAGUACUUGUUAAUAAGGUACCGUUAGUGGAACAGCAUUUACGAAAGGAGUUUAAUCCAUUCCUGAAACGCUGGUAUCAAGUUAUUGGUUUAAGUGGUGAUUCUGAGCUGAAAAUCUCAUUUCCUGAAGUUGUCAAAAGAAAUGAUGUCAUCAUUUGUACAGCACAGAUCCUGGAGAAUUCAUUGCUAAAUGCCACUGAAGAAGAUGAAGGUGUCCACUUGUCAGAUUUUUCACUCAUGAUUAUUGAUGAGUGCCAUCACACUCAAAAGGAAGGUGUUUACAACAAUAUCAUGCGACGUUACUUAAAAGAUAAGAUCAAGAACAGAAAGCAGGCAAAAGAAAACAAACCUUUGAUUCCACAGCCUCAGAUUCUGGGACUCACAGCCUCACCUGGAGUCGGCGGUGCAAAAUCCAGACCGAAAGCUGAAGAACAUAUUCUGAAAAUCUGUGCCAAUCUUGAUGCAUGCAGAAUCAUGACUGUUACAGAGCAUGCCUCCCAACUGAAGAAUCAGGUGAAGGAUCCAUUUAAGAAGACUGUGAUUGCAGAUGACAAAAGAAGGGAUCCAUUUAGAGAAAGAAUUAUUGAGAUCAUGCAAGAUAUUCAAAAAUAUUGCCAACUCUAUCCAAAAUCUGAGUUUGGAUCUCAGCCUUAUGAACAAUGGGUGAUUAGGGAAGAGAGAAGAGCUGCAAAAGAAGAAAAACGCAAGGAACGUGUCUGUGCAGAACACUUGAAGAAAUAUAAUGAUGCACUGCAAAUCAAUGAUACCAUUCGAAUGGUUGAUGCAUACAAUCACCUAAAUAACUUUUAUAAGGAGCUAAAAAGGAAGAAGACAGCAGGGAGUGAUGAUGAUGAAGAACCAUUAGUAUCAAAAAAGGAUGAAACAGAUGAAUUUUUAAUGGGUUUAUUUCAUGAAAAAAAGAAACAACUGAAAGAGUUGGCUAGAAAGCCAGAAUAUGACAAUGAGAAGCUAAUGAAGCUCCGAAACACUUUAAUGGAAGAGUUUACAAAGACUGAAGAAUCAAGAGGGAUUAUUUUCACGAAGACUCGACAAAGUGCCUUAGCUCUAUACCACUGGAUUAUGGAUAACCCAAAAUUUGAAGAAGUGGGAAUCAAAGCUCAUUAUCUUAUUGGUGCUGGACACAAUAGUGAAACUAAACCUAUGACUCAGAAUGAGCAAAGGGAAGUCAUUGAUAAAUUCCGAGGUGGAAGUAUAAACUUACUUAUUGCUACUACUGUAGCUGAGGAAGGCCUAGACAUCAAAGAGUGUAACAUUGUUAUUCGCUAUGGUCUGGUCACCAAUGAAAUUGCUAUGGUGCAGGCCCGUGGUCGAGCUCGAGCUGAUGAGAGCACUUAUGCACUUGUGGCUUCAAGUGGCUCAGGAGCGGUUGAACGUGAAGAUGUAAAUAUUUUCCGUGAAAAUAUGAUGUAUAAGGCCAUUCAACGUGUCCAAGAGAUGCCACCAGAAGAAUAUUUAAACAAGAUUCAGGACUUUCAGUUGCAAAGUAUAGUGGAAAAACGAAUGAAGGCAAAGAGAGAUCAGCGUAAGACAUAUAAGAAAAACCCUUCACUAAUAACAUUCCUAUGCAAGAAUUGCCACAAGGUGAUAUGUUCUGGAGAAGAUAUACGAGUUAUUGAAAAUAUGCAUCAUGUCAGUGUGAAAAAAGAUUUCCAACAUCUUUACCAUAUAAGAGAAAACAGGACAUUGCAAGACAAGCAUGCUGAUUACCAGACAAAUGUGGAAAUUAUAUGUAAAGAUUGUGGACAACCUUGGGGAAAUAUGAUGGUUUAUCGAGGUCUUGACCUGCCUUGUCUAAAGAUUAGAAAUUUUGUGGUUGUUUUUGAAGACAAGAAAACAACAAAGGAGAUUUUCAAGAAAUGGGGAGAACUGCCCAUCACGUUUCCUAAUCUUGAUUAUGCAGCUCAUUGUCCUUCAAGCGAUGAAGAUUAAGGACUCAGAAUGAAAAUAAAAGACUUUAAAAUCUUCUCUGGCUGCUGGUUAGAAGCUCCUGUGUCCUGUAGAGUUCUGCACCAUAGAUAUUGCAUCAUGAACACUAUAAAGGCUCCUGAAUUCCUUAAAAAACUGCCUUAAAAAGGAGAAAAGGCCCAAGAAAGGAAAAGGACGACAAAGUCCAGUGGUAGCUGUCCACGCUUCAAUUUGUUCUGAUACUCCAGAACAAAGAACAAAUGCAUUGUAGUGGUGUGCAUUCAUGGAACAAAUUCCCUCCUCAGUAGUGUCCAGUGUGGUUUGGCAACACUCAAAUGCAUGUUAGGUAACCUGUCUUCAAGCACAGAACAUGAGACAGACUUCUUGAGACUUGCCAUGGUGAUUCUUUUCAGUUCUACUUUCUUCUACAACCUUUGUGAAGAUAAAAUGUCUUAAAAAAGAAUUCAUGUAAAAAGAGCAAAUUACUUGGCUGUUAUUUGAGUCAUUGUUGCUUCUUCAGUGUUUUCAUGAUUUAGUCUUUCAUCUUAUCUUUAGCUGUAAGCUUAUAGAUUUUUAUGAAGUAAAAUUUCAUUAGAAGAGAUUUUAAAAAAUCAAGCCCUUAAAUUUACUUGAAAUUGAUUAUUUUAAUGUCUGUAAAGCACAAUGCCAAGUGACUUUCUUUGUGUUAGUUUCAUACGAUUGUUAAACUACCUAUGCAAUGAAGUAUGUUUUUUUUCCAAUAAAUGACUGUAACGAAUAGCAUUUGCCAACUUUGAUGCUGUUUAGUCUGUUUCAUUGUAAUUAUUUUGACAGUAAAAAGAUUACAGUUUCACCCUA